AUGGCCUCCAACAGCGUUUGUCUCUUCUUAGAUAAGGUUCCUCUAGAAAUCAGGACUCAGAUCUACAAAGAACUACUAGUCAAAAAGAUUCUGGGCACUGCAGAUUCUGUAUCCAGAAGUGCGAGCUAUGGAGCUGAUACAAUGUACGACUUAUCCCCACAGUUAUUGAGGGUCUGCCAUCAAAUUUACGUCGAGGCCUUGGAUAUUCUGUACAAAGAAAAUACCUUCUACAUCGCAUGCUUUCGGGUUGAUAAUCACCUUUCUAUGGAUAUGGGUGCAGAAAGUGAUGAUGAAAAUCCAACGGCCGUACAGUAUGUUGAAGGACCUCUGGUGGAACUAUGCCCUCUUAUGAGAUACCAGAACAACCAAAGCAAAAUGCCAUUUCCAAUUCCAAGUCUUGGUAAUUGCUCUACUGUGUCGAGAGUUCGCAAGUGGCGGGUGGUAGUUAGUAGACUCACAUCUUCUGGUGGCAGUUGGGACCCAAUUUGGAGUUUACGUGACUUUUGCGAAGUCAUCUCUCAAGAUCCUCCGAUAUCGUUGGAACUCCUGAUUCUGCCUUGCGGCUUGGACUAUGGUCGGGACAACCAUUAUUCUUUCGACAGCUACGAGCAGAUCUUGAAGCCUUUGAAAAUCCUCCGCAAUAUCCAGACAUGUGCAAUCAAAGAAGCUUGCGCAACCGAUGUUCCUGAUGUCAUUCAACUCGCUGAUGAUGGGUUAGUGAAGAAAUUUAGAGAGGGAGAUGAAGCUCUAGCAGACUGGGAACUUCCGACGGACUUGAAGACGGAGAUAGAAACACUUACAACUGGUCAACAACCCCUUGAUAUCCAACACAUGAUGCAUAAGAACCUCGUGGCUUACGCGCGAACCUUUGAGCGGUAUCAACCCUACAAAAUGCAAAUGGGCGUAAGACGAGAGGAUAUCACACGGAUUGAUCCUAGGUGCCUUGAGUACGCUGAGUUCCUCGAUACAGGUUCUUUCAAUCCUUUUAUCGAGCCAACCCUUCAUCCACUUGAAUUCGAACUUCGCAACUGUCAAGACGCUGUCAUGAAUUCAGGCGAAGACGAAUGGACAUUCAAAGAACAUCGCAAGCACGCCCUUACGCACCUCGAGCGACAAUGGAAUCAAAUCAUGAAUGCAAAUCAUGAACUAACGACAUUUAUAAAGACAGAGAAAGUUCCCGGCGGCAUAUUCGAUGCUGUCGAGAGAAGGAAUGAACAAUUAGGAUUCUCAAACAAUACAUGGGAAAUGCGAGAUCCAAACAGGCAACAAAAGAUCUGCCUCGCUUUAGUAUACCUCAAGCGCUACGCCAAAGCUUUCAAAAGACAUUCAACCUCUGCGAUAGAAGCCCAGAUUCAAUCCCAACAUCAUCUCUACAACAGCCACUACAAAAACCUACCACGCGAUCGUCUGAUCAAGCACUUAAUGACAGACCACCAAGUCGGCAAAAUCCGCCACUUCAUCACAAAGUUCAGCACGGCGGUCGAUAUGUGCGAUCAACAAUAUCUCGAAAUCUUGACGGCACGAAAGGCGCUCUUCGAUUACGACGGAUUGGGAGAAUACGAAUGCGGAGAUUUCAAUUUACACAAGGGAUUAUCGGUAGAAAUGAUUGAUUGGAGUGUGAACGAGCGAGAUUUGACGCCGCAGCAAUCGUUGGAAUCGGAUGAUUAUUAUGGCGAGGAUAGCGAUGAUGAAAGUGGUUGGUCUAAUUAUUACUGA